AUGGACUACAUCGUUCCUACAUUCAAGUGGGUCAGCGUCACGUUCGCAUUCCUCGCUGUCGGUACCGGAGCACAGGCGGUAAUCGAUCCCGUCGGCUUCUCUAAAACAUUCGGCCUGUCAUUGGAACCGACAAGUCUGCCCAAAGACGAUGACAAUGGUGCUCGCGGGAAGACAAAUGGCUCGAAAAAUGGCUCUCGUUCCGACCAGCAAUACCGCAGUCUGGCAGAGUCAUACGCCUCACUCAUGGGAGUCCGACAGCUCGGGACGGGCAUAAUCCUCCUGACAUUCGCGUACCAAGGCAAAUGGACAGAGACAGCCACCAUCAUGGCCAUCAUCGGCGUGCUUGUUGCCGGGACCGAUGGAAUAUUUCUUGCACGCGCUGGCUACGGAUCACUUGGCCGAUGGCAUGCUAUCCCCGGCGCAGGGAUGGCUGCUCUCGGCGCGGCAGCGGUAUAUAUAGGCACUUGA